AGGUUGCUAUGUCGUACAGCUACAUCGAAGGUAAGGACGAUGUUCACUUCAUAACAGAAUCAGACCUAAAGGAAUAUGCAGCCUCGCGCGAGGAGGUCACAGCACUGCACGAGGAAAUCGCUGCUGCACGCGAGGACGGGCUGCCGACGAUGCCGCCGACGUGCCGCCAAGCGACGCGAUGGCACAAGGUGGACCUGUGAGUGAGGAGGUACAGGAGCAGUAUCCGGGGGCUGUGUCGGAGAGUGGGCGAGAUAAACUGACUGUCCCGUGUUUAGGUGGUAUGGGUACAGAAGGACCGUGUGUGGAAGAGUUUAGAUCUGCAUUCAGCUGCUGGAUGUUCAGCCCUGCUGACGAGCAAGGAGGAGAGAGGGGCGAUGAUUGUGUGGACAAUUUCUUCGCCAUGAGCAACUGCAUGCAACAAAAUGAGGAGUUCUACGACGAUUUGAACGCACGGAACAAGGCAGCUGCUGAGGAGGCACUCUCUAAAUACGAGGCAGAGGAACAAGAAAAACUUGCUGCAGUUGAAGAGGAACUGAAAGCGUUGGAGAAUACUGAAAGUGAAACUCCUGUAGUACUACCUGCGGUAACGGAAACUGAAAGUGAAACCAAAGUUGAAAAGUAUAUUCUCCAUGUAAGACUGUAACUGUAGCUCAUAUGUCCAGCUCGGAACCGAAUUUCCCUAAAGCUGACUUUUCUGCAAUAAUUCCAUUAUUGUGGCUUGCAACACUCGAGAACAGAACCUGAAUUAGAAGAGGAGAGAGCCGUGAGGAAGGAAGAUUCAGAAAGUCAAGACUUGAGAAAUCAUGAACCAACUUACAAGGGAAAGUUAUCAUAUCAUGAUCAUGUCCAUUCCAUAACAUUUUUGUACACCCCAUUUUAUAUUUUUUUGACGUCUUUCAGAGAGAAACAACUCUGGGUGACCCUUAAUUAAAAAAAAACCAAAAUUGGCAAACAUCUUUGUGGGCGUAGCUCUUUGGUAGAUUUUGUGUUGAAUCACAAUUUACCACGAUCUGUGAAACUUUGACGGCCCACUGACCAGUACGGACUUAACAACACAAUCUGGUGAUCACAGUAAACUUAGGGUCCUUUAGUCUGUUUCUAGUCGUAAGUCACUAGUAAACUAUCUAAAUGAAUGCAACAACCCUCAACUGAACCCUCUCCGUCAUGAUUAAAAGCACUGAAUUUAUUUAUAAAUUUACGUGAAUAUAAUUAUGAAAUUUAUAUUCAUGUACCUAAUGUUGUGAUAGUCUCCCUUACAGUGUACUGUGUACUGUGUAGUGAUACCGUGACUCAUAUUUGAUGUUUCUGUUGCGAGGUCAGAUUAAGUUUUGUGAUGUUUUUUUCCAGGUCUGAACUUUGGUUCCGUCAAACUAAUUUAUUACCAACCUUUUCGUGAAAACUUGGGUUUAAAAGUCUUGCUACGAAAAUCUUAUUUUAAUUGUCCUACAAAAUUGAACUGUCAGGAUUUUGUCAAUAAUCUCGUUUUAAAUC